UCAUGGCACGUGUGUGCAGGCAGCUGAGCGGGAGCGCGGCCAGUUUUGCAGGCUGGGUAGGCAUCAUCAUCGCCACCGCCACCAACGACUGGGUGCACACCUGCGACUACACCGUCACCACCUGUGUGCGCAUGGACGAGCUGGGCGCGCGAGGCCUCUGGGCAGAGUGUGUCAUCUCCCCCUCACUGUACCACUGUGUCAUGCUCAACCAUAUCCUAACACUGCCAGCAUACAUCCAGACAUGUCGUGCAUUGAUGGUGUGUGCGUGUCUAAUGGGUUUUCCUGCCAUGGGGCUGGUGCUGAUGUCCAUGCCAUGUGUCAGACUCAGAGAUGAGAUCCCCGCUACCAAACUACGCCGUGCCAUGGUCGGGGGCGCUCUCAUCUUCAUCAUGGCCCUCUGUGGAUUGGUGUCGACCAUCUGGUUUCCUAUUGGUUCUCACGCAGAGGAGGGUCUAAUGUCAUUCGGCAUCUCACUGUACACCGGAUGGGUCGGCUCCGCCCUCUGCCUUCUGGGGAGCUUCAUGAUUCUGUGUUGCCGUGGUAAUGACCCCUCGGCGACCCCGCAGAGGCAGGAGAACAGCUACUACUACUCCAGACAGGCAGGCGGCGCCACGCCCAUUAACCUUGCCCCUACCGCCGUAGUCACGGGCAACCACGCCAAGAGCGCACAUGUGUAAGAAUGUGCAUUUGUGAGAGUUGGAGUUCUAGGCCAACUACAUUGCAGACGUAUGCCAGAUCUUACAAUGCCUGCAUAGGUAUUUAACAUACACUAUAUAUAGAAAAGUAU